AUGAAAAACCUUCCCCUCCAUAGUCAUUUUACUGAAGCACAAAGAUUGCUUCCUAAACUGGAGAUGCCAACCUCAGCCAGCGCCUUCUAUUCUCUUCAAGGAUUCUGUCAGGCUAAGGAUUCAUUUACAACUGUUAGUCAUGUGGGCAUGUGUGAGGAAACAGAUGCCAGUUCUAAUGUAUUUAGCCCGAAGUUACAAUUUGAUAGGAGCCACUGUCAGUCUCUGAGGUUCCACCAAAAUAUGGAACUUGAUUUUGGACAUUUUGACGAAAGAGAUAAGACAUCCAGGAACAUGCGAGGCUCACGAAUGAAUGGGCUGCCCAGCCCCACUCACAGCGCCCAUUGUAGCUUCUACCGAACCAGAACCUUGCAGGCACUGAGCAAUGAGAAGAAAGCCAAGAAGGUACGUUUCUACCGCAAUGGGGACCGCUACUUCAAGGGGAUUGUGUACGCUGUGUCCUCUGACCGUUUUCGCAGUUUCGACGCCUUGCUGGCUGACCUGACUCGAUCUCUGUCUGACAACAUCAACCUGCCUCAGGGAGUGCGUUACAUUUACACCAUUGAUGGAUCCAGGAAAAUCGGAAGCAUGGAUGAACUGGAGGAAGGGGAAAGCUAUGUUUGUUCCUCAGACAACUUCUUUAAAAAGGUGGAGUAUACCAAGAACGUCAAUCCCAACUGGUCUGUCAACGUGAAGACAUCUGCCAAUAUGAAAGCCCCCCAGUCCCUGGCUAGCAGCAAUAGUGCCCAGGCCAGAGAGAACAAGGACUUUGUGCGCCCCAAGCUGGUGACCAUCAUCCGCAGCGGGGUGAAGCCUCGGAAGGCCGUACGUGUGCUUCUGAACAAGAAGACAGCCCACUCUUUUGAGCAAGUCCUCACCGAUAUCACUGAAGCCAUCAAGCUGGAGACCGGGGUUGUCAAAAAACUCUACACUCUGGAUGGAAAACAGGUAACCUGUCUCCAUGAUUUCUUUGGUGAUGACGAUGUGUUUAUUGCCUGUGGUCCUGAAAAAUUUCGCUAUGCUCAGGAUGACUUUUCUCUGGAUGAAAACGAAUGCCGAGUCAUGAAGGGAAACCCAUCGGCCACAGCCGGCCCAAAGGCAUCUCCAACUCCUCAGAAGAGUUCAGCUAAGAGCCCCGGCCCUAUGCGCCGGAGCAAGUCUCCAGCUGACUCAGGUAACGACCAAGAUGCAAACGGGACCUCCAGCAGCCAGCUCUCUACCCCCAAGUCUAAACAGUCACCCAUCUCCACGCCCACCAGUCCUGGCAGCCUCCGGAAGCACAAGGAUCUGUACCUGCCUCUGUCCUUGGAUGACUCAGACUCACUUGGUGAUUCCAUGUGA